AAAAAUUAUACGUCAGAAUCUCAUAGAACAUAACCUUCAAAACAAAACUAGUCCCAUUUACAGAUUCUCUCUCUCUCUCUUUAUACAGAAUAGUCAUCAAAAUUAAUUAAACGUGCUUUUAUCGAUUAAUGGGAGCUUCUCACGCUGGAAAACAAACGAGAAACAUGAACAGUAAAAAUUCACAAUCAGACAAUAGCACUACUGGUCAGGAAAAUGCCAGUAGCAGUGCUAGACCACUUUCAAUUGAAGCACCACGUUCACAAAAUCAAAAUCAAUCGAGUGGACAACCAUUACCUGUUCAACCUCGACAACCAUCAAAUUUACCAGGACUUCUUCGAUUUGCAAUGGAAGCAACAAGAGCUGAAGAUGCUCCUCAUGAAUCAUAUGUACAACCUUUGGAUGAGGAGCGGAAAAAAUUUUUAAGUGAAGCUCUUGCCUCAAUGACAGUCAAUGUAAUUGAAGAAUUACAUAAAUGUGUGAAAACUCUACAAAAUGUCAUUGAUCUUCGACCUGAUGACGAUCCAUCGGAAUAUGAGGCGGCAAUUGAGACAAUGUCCGAUUUUUGUGACAAUGCCGAUAUUGCCAAUGAUUUUUACAAAAUUGGAGGAUUUUCCAUAUUUGGUCCAUGUUUAAAUUCACCGCACAGUGGAAUUCGAUGGCGUAUUGCAAAUUUAAUUGCCGAAUUAACGCAAAAUAAUCCAUUUUGUCAGGAAAAAGUUUUGGAAGCUGGUUAUAUGCCAAUUUUACUCAAUAUGGUUGAUUCUGAUCCACAUCAUCAGGCGAGAAUUAAGGCACUUUAUGCCGUUUCUUGUAUAGUGAGAGGACAUGCACUCGCUUUAAAGCAUAUGGAAGUAAACGAUGGUUAUUCCGUUUUAUUAAGAUCAAUACAGAGUCCAGUGGAAAAAUUACAAAUAAAAUCCGCUUUUUUGUUAUCGUCACUAUGCAAUCGUGAUAAUUUAAAUGAAUUAAAAUUAACACUCAUUAAAAUGGGACUCAUUGAACAAGUCGCUGGUCUUCUUACAAUGGGAAAUCUUCUACCGGAAACAAAGGAACAACUUUUAAGUGUAUUGAGUGGACUUUCAAGUAAUGGCUAUUUUCCCGCAUUAAAAGAAUGUCGUCGACCUGAACUUUGUUUGAAACAAACACUCGAGAGGCACUUACAAGAAUCAAAAUUAGAAGAGAGUUUAGAACGUGAAGAUAUUUGUAAAGAUCUUCUUGAUAAAAUAUUUUCUGAUCAAAAAUCACAAGAUCAGGAAAGAUAAUUCAUUUAGUAAUAGUAUUUUCUCUACAUUCGAUGGCACGAUUUUAAACUAAAAACAUUUUUUGAAAUCGUAAAAACGAAAUAAAAAAUCGCAUUCAUUUUCAUGCAAAUGUACAAAAAAAAAAGGAAAAAUAUUUUAUUUAAAAGCCAAUUAAAAACUACGAUUAGCAUGCAUCGUGUAUUUUCUUAAUUAUAAUAUAAUAAAUAACUGAUAAAAAUCAUGUAAUUUAAAUAUUAAACUAAAUCUUAUUGCAAAAUAAUAAAUAUACAAUUAAAUGAAAA